GGCCUCUACCAUCUCAUGCUUCAUCCCAACAAAGACACUCGCGCCAUUGUCUACACUCUCGCCAAGCCCCUCGGCCUCUUCAAAACAGCAGCAGAUUUGAGGCCCAUCGACCCCCUCCUGCAGCAGUGCAUGCACGUCCUGGAGUAUGACCUCUUUGAUACAAGCACACCCUCUACUGGCACAGGCACAGGCUCGGGAACAGGCUCGGCAGCAAUCUCGAGAACAGGCUUGGGAAGAGCCGGUGCUGCUGGUAACGCCACUGCCUCUGCGAGUGCGCAAGGGGGAGCAGGAGUUGGGGGUGGGAGGGAGGGGGGCGAGCGGCCUCGUGUGGUGCAUUCGAAGGAAGAUAUGUGGCAGGGACUGCUCACCAUCCUCUCGCUCAUGGCAGCACCUGCACUGGACGAGGGAGUGAUGGAGCGCUACCCGGCGUUCGUGAGCAUAGUUCUCCCAUGUGCCCAUUGCCUCCCCCACCCGCCCCAUCUUUCAACCUCCCUAAACCGCUCUCAACCUCUCCCAACUCCCAUCCCUCUCAGCCUGUCGCUCAUGGCGCCACCAGCACUGGACGAGGGGGUGGUGGAGCGCUACCCGGCUUUCGUGAGCAUAGUGCUGAACCACGUGGGGGAGGACACAUCUGUCUUCCGACCCGCCCUGGCGUGCCUCAGGAUGAUGCUGCAAGUCACAGGAUACAAGCUCUGGUUGCACUCGGCCUUCCCGCCCGGUGUCGUGCGCAACACGCUCAUCUCGCAGUGCUUCAACUCCUCCCACGAGCCCACCCACAAGCUCCUGCUUGACCUCCUGCCGCCCUUCCUGCAGUCUGUGGAAUCGCUGGAAACAGAGGAAUUCGAGAGGCAGCGGCGCAGCAUCCUCUUCUUCCUGCUCAUCCAGCUGCCCAACAGCCGCAACUUCAGCACCACCACCAUCAAGAUCGCCCGCCGGAUCGCAUUCAGCCUCAUCCUGCACUCCUACCUACUCACUCCGCCUCUCCCGCCCACCGACUGUGCUGACAUCUGGGGGCCGCCCCUCGUGGGGGCAGUCAAGGACGCAUCUCUCCCCGACCCCCUCCGCCUGCCUGCCAUCCACCUCGCCCAAGCAAUCAUCACUGCCGAUACUGCUGCCCUCACCUCGCUCGCGCUCUCCCGAGCCUUCGCUGGCGCUUCGGACCAGCUGGACCGGCUUCCUGAGGUGGCGGCAGCAGAGAGCGACAGGUGGCAGUGUGCUCCCGCGCUCUGGUUGGAGCUACUAGAGCGAACUCCCCCCCAGUGGUUACCAAAACCGUUACUCAGAGCAGCCGUUUGGGCGGCAGGGCACUUCUGUCUCUCUGCUUCCGCCGCUGCUGCGGCUGCUGGUACUGGUGGUGGUGGUGUUGGGGUUACAUCUGCUGGGAGUAAGCCUCUUGUUACCAGCGGUCCUGCGGUUACCAGCAGUGCGGUGGUUACAGCGGCUCUGCACUGGAGGUUGGCUCCUGGGGCUGGGGGAGGGGGGAGAGGGGCGAAAGCAGGGUGUGUGAAUGCGGUGGCAGCAGCAGAACACGAGGAGGAAUUAAGCGUCAUUCUGCAGAGGAGCGUGUCCUCUUGCCUCGUCCAGAUCAGAGGCGCCAAUCGGCUCAAGCUGCUGACGUGGCAUGCCAGCCUGGCAGAGCCUCUCAUCUUCCUCCUCAUCGAUUCCCAACUGCCCAACAGGGACAUGGCACGAGAGCUGCUAACAUCCCUCUGCAGGGACCACCGUAUUGACCACCAGCUCGCCUUCCUCGCCUCCUCCUCCGUCUCUGCCCGUGGGCUCGUUCGGGCAUUCGCCAAGGCGGCUGCUGUGUUGUCCCUGGACCCCACAGGAAAGCAAGCGUCAAUCAUCCAGGGCCUUCUCUUCUAUGCAUCCAAGCUCCUCGGCCCUCCCUCCGUACACCUCUCCUGCAUCUCUCCACCGCACUCCACUCCUCUGCCCGGCCCCUCACCUCCCUCACCCAGCCUCACUGCUAAGUCUGGGGGAUAUCAUUAUGUGUGGAUACUACCAUCGCCCAUGCCUCUCUCUCUUUUCUCCUGCCUCCUUCCCUUUCCCUUCCCUCCCCUGCCUUCCCCUCCCCUGCCUUCCCCUCCCCUGCGUUCCCCUCCCCUGCCUUCCCCUCCCUGCCUUUCCCUUCACCAGAAGCUCGUAUUUGUCCGUCUGUUCGAGAUCCUUCCCCUGGCUGUCAACCAUCUACUCCCUUCCUCAUCUUCCAUCACAAGCAGUAGCAGCAGCACUCCCAAAGCUGCUGCCACUGCGGCUGCUGCAGGCACCACUGCCUCCCCCCAUCCAACUGCCCCUGGGCUUUUCAAAGUUCCCAGCAUGGUUUGCGAUGGUAAACUCUCACUCUUCCCGAUCGCUGCUUCUUCCCCGGAGAUUCCGAACCUGCUGCUGGAACGGAGCGUCGGCCAGGCCUGGGGUGGAGGCUCGGCAGGGGUACGGGCCUCUUGGUUUGGGGAUGGAGGAAUGGGUGGUGCGGGGGCUGGAGGGAGAGAGGAGGAAGCUGAUUGGGUGGCUGACGUGGCAGCUUGUGUGACUGUAAAGGACGGGUCUAUACUGCAUCGAUGGGUGGAUGCUUCAGCAACAGUGCUGAAAGCGUUACAGGUUACAUGGAGCCUUAUCACUGGUAACCACAUCAGAGAAUGUAACAAAAGUGGUGAUGGUAUGAGCAGCAACAGCAGGACUGGUGGUCGCAGGGGAGGUGGGAUUUGGGGGAGGUGGAAAUGGGCUGUGCUGCUGAGGGAUUUCUGUAGUUGCCUGAUUGCUGGGAUUAAGCUAAGUGUUGGUGUGAGCUUGUCUCAAGAACAGAAGGAUAGGCUUUUGGCAGCAGCACAGCAUGCAGCGUCGCUUAUCGCAGCUUCGGAUGCCGAACCUCCGCCAAAGCAGCCGCUCCCAAACCUGAGGGUUCCGUCUGUGGACGGGGGGAUGGUGGAUGGGGAGGAGGGAGAGGAGGAGGGUGGGAGAGAGGGGAUUGAAGAUUUGAUUUACUUGUUUAGUGAGGAUGAAGAGGAGGAGAGGGGUAAGGAGCAGGGGGAAAGGAGGGGUGAGGAUGAGGAGGAGAGCAGGGGGAGGAAAGGGGAGGAGAGAGUGGGUUGGGGUGGGGGUUGGAGUGUUGGAGGAGUGGAAAAAGGGACUGCCGGUAAGGGGAAGGGAGGAAUGGUUGAGACUAUAGAUCUGGACGAGAUUGAGGAGGGUGCUGGGGUGGGUGCUGGUGGGAUGGGUGCUGGUGGGAUGGAUGCUACAGGGGUGAAAGCAGUGAAGCAGGAAGUACAGGGAGGGAAGCAGGAGGAGGGAGUGGGUGAUAUGAAUAUGGAGGAGGUAGUAGAAGAAGAGAUGGAGGAGGAAGAAGAGGAGGAAGAAGAGGAGGAGGAGGAAGAGGAGGAGGAGAUGGGGGAGGAGGAUGAGGAGGAGGAGGAUGAGGUGCCGAUAGGGCAGCUGAAGCGAGGCAGUAAAGGUGGGGGCGCAGAGGCUGAGACUCCAUCUGGGGAAGGUGCUUCUGGGGAAGGUGCAUUUGCGAAGUCAGCGCCUUCUUUUCCGUUCUCCGCAGGUGCUGCAUCCUCCUCCUCUCAUGCUGCCACUCCCCUUGCCUCUCUCCUUUCCUCGCAAGCAGCAAAGCAGCGGCGCCGAAACACUCUCGAGAAAUACCUGCGCACGCAGGUUGCAGCAGCCGCUGGUGCUGCCGCUGCCGCUGGUGCUACAGCCGCUGCCGGGACUGCUGCUGCUGGCACUGCGGGUGCAGGCAUGGGAAAUUCGAGUGCAGGGUCAAGGCUUGGAGCAGGAGGGGUCGUUUUUAAGAAGCCGCGGAGUCUUCUGAGCAGAAAGCCAGGUGUCAUGAAAGGGGCAGGCAGAGGGGGCAAGCUGUCAGCGAUUCGAGAGUCACACAAGGCGGAGGUGGAGCAGAGGAACAGUGCCCUGGGGGACGUGCAGCGGCAAAUCAGAGAGCGACAACUGGCGGAGAGGCUGAAGCAGCAGCAGCAGCAGGGAGGGGCAGGGGGGGCUGGUGCAGCAGCGGAUCCGUUUGCGUUUACUGUGGAGCCACCCUCGGGUGCAGGUUUAUCUGGAGCAGGCUUAUCCAGCAAAGCCCCUGUCCCACCAGCCAUGGCACGUUCAGCAGCAGGGGCAGGGGCAGCAGGUGGAGCAGGAGCAGGAGCAGCAGGGGCAGCAGGAGCAGGAAAAGCAAAGGCAGCAGUGCUUCUAGAGGUCUUUGCAGAUGAUGACUUGGAUGCAGAAUUGGAGCGAGAAGCAGCAAAGGCAAGGAGGCCAGGUGGGAAGCUUUCGAUAGGUGGGUUGGAGGGCAUGAACCGCGUUGCAGACCAGAUAAAGCGCCACCAAACCAUCUCGCUAGGCUCGGACCGGACCGGCCCGGGAGGCUUGGCGGGUAGGCUCGGCAUCCAGGACUGGAUGGCUUGGAAGAAGCCUCCGCUGCCGAAGCUAGACGACUGGUUUCGGAAAAUCCUGGCCAUGGAUUACUAUGAGGUGGUGUCGGGAUCCGAGCCUGCAGGUUCGGCGAGCCGGGGGCUGGUUCGGGUGCCGGACGAGUUUGGUUCAGUGGCGGAGUACGUUCGGGUGUUCCAGCCACUAGUCCUGGAGGAAUUCAAGGCGCAGCUUCGGCGAUCGUACGAAGAUGCUGUAGGUUCUGGUGGAGGCGGAGGAGCGGGAGGAACGGGAGGAGGGGGAGCGGGAGGAGGGGGAGGCGCGGGAGGAGGGGGAGCAGGGGAAAGGAGGGGAGGGGCGGAGGUGGCAUAUGUGGGAGCGCUGAGAAUGCUGUCGAUAGAGCGGGUUGAUGAUUUCCAGCUCGCGAGGUUCAUGGCUGAACCAGGAGCUUCGUCAGGAUCCCGGGCGUUCUGUGGGGAGAAUGAUCUCGUGCUGCUCACCCGUAAAGUGCCCGACCAUGCCGCUGCGGCGGCAGCUGCUGCUGGGAGCGAUGCUGCUGCGGCAGCACAGCAGCUUCAUGUGCUGGCCAAGGUGGAGAGGAGAGAAUACGAGAGGGAGUCUCGGGCAAUGGUAAUCCAAUUACGUCUCUUCCUGCCCCCCGCCGGCACCCCUCGCCUGGCGCGCUGCAAGCAGCUGAUGGGGGACCGCAGCUGCUGGCACGUCACGCGCAUCCUCUCCCUCGUGCCGCACAUGCGCGAGUUUCAGGCCCUCGCUGCUGCUCAGUACCUGCCGCUGCUGCCACCUCUGCUUAAGCCCAGCUGCUUUCGUGCUGCCAGUUCAGGUGCUGCCGGUGCUGCUGGUGCCGCUGCUGGUGCUGCUGGUAGUGGUGCUGCUGGUGCCGCUGCUGGUGCUGCUGGUAGUGGUGCUGCUGGUGCUGCUGCUGCUGGUGCUGCGACUGCAUCUCUGGAAGGAACGCCUCUGCCAGUCGCCCUCAGGCACAAGUACGAGGCCCAGUUCAACAAGUACCAGCUGCAAGCCAUUCAGCAGGCGGUCGGAACAAACAAGGACGGGUCAUCCGGCAGCAAUCCGGGCUUCAGCGGUGCUGCUCCUGCUGCUGCUGUUGCUGCCGGUGCUGCUGGUUUUGGUGCUGGUGGUGUUGGUCGUGCUGCUGCUUCUGCUGCCGCUGGUGGUUUUGGUGGUGGUGGUGGUGGUGGUGGUGGUGGUGGUGGUGGUGGUGGUGGUGGUGGUGGUGGUGGUGGUGGUGGUGGUGGUGGUGGUGGUGGUGGUGGUGGUGGUGGUGGUGGUGGUGGUGGUGGUGGUGGUGGUGGUGGUGGUGGUGGUGGUGGUGGUGGUGGUGGUGGUGGUGGUGGUGGUGGUGGUGGUGGUGGUGGUGGUGGUGGUGGUGGCGGCAGUACAGAGGCGAAUCGACAGCUGGUGUUGGUGCAGGGUCCGCCAGGGACAGGCAAGACCCGCACCAUCGUUGCCAUCAUCACAGCCUUACUAGCCUGCAAGAAAAGAGUAAACUCUGGGAAUCAGGAGAACUCGGGAGCAGGAGAAGACAGGGGUGUGGGCUGGGAUCUGAAAGAGCCGAGGGUUAGGCAGCUUGGGAGGGCGCCAGGGUUGAGGGGUGGGGCGGGUGGGUUGGGUGGGGAGGGAAAGAGGGUGAGUACUGCAACUGCUAUGGCUCGUAUGUGGCAAGAUGCUGCUGUUGCCAUGGAUUUGGAGAGAGGGGGGAUGAGAGGAGGAGUGAGGGGAGGAGUGAGGGGAGGAGGAGGGGUGAGUCGAGGAGGGGGAGCUGGAGGAGGUAGUGGAGCGGGAGGAAGGGCAAGCGGGGGAGGAGGAGGGGGAGAGGGGGCAGGAGGGGCAGGGGGGAAGAAGCAGCGGACGAGGGUGCUGGUGUGUGCGCAAUCCAAUGCUGCAGUGGACGAAAUCAUAUCUAGGAUCUUCCGAGCCCAUGCCGAGGCAGCAAAGGACGGGGAGGACGCGACGGCGCGAUCUCAGCCGUCGGUUGUGCGCGUUGGGAACGUGUCAGCCGUCCAUCCGGACUCUCUACAUAUUCACAUUGACACACUAGUGGCAAAGAGGCUAGUGAAAGAAGCAGCAGCGAGAGGUGUGGAUGUAGGCAAUGGUGAUAGUAACGAAGGGGGGAAAGAGGGUGGUAGUGGGGGUCUGAGCGUGAAGGAUUGGAGGGACGUGUUUGGUGAUGGGGCGUUUGGUGGUGGCGCUCGUGGUGGUGCUGGCACUCGUGGGGGCACAGGCAGUGGCACUGCUGCUGCUGCUGCUGCUGCUGCUGGUGCUGGUGCUGGUGCUGGUGGUGGUGGUGCGAGUGGUGGUUUGGGAACUGAGAGUGCUGUGAGAGAAAGAGUGGCGCAGUUGAGGCAGCAGUUGGAACGGGCCUUUGAGGUGAUCAGAGCAGUAGAGGCACUUAGAUGCAAGAAACGCUCAGGGGAGGAUGGGGAGGGUGGGGAGGGUGGGGAGGAGGGAAGAGCGGAGGAGGGAGAUGGAGGGAAGGGUGGUGGUGCGAGGGAGAGGAGACGGGAGGGUGGAAGGGGAGGGGGAGAGGAGGAGAAAACGGCAGAGGAAAUAGCAGAGGAGAUUAUAUCGCACGGGGAGGAGACGAUUAAAGCGAGGCUUAAUCUGCUAUAUUGGAAGAAGCGGGAGAUUUCGGCUGACCUGGCAGCAGCUGAGAAGGAGCGGCGGGCAGCUGCGGAAGAGGAUAAAGCGCGCCGGGCAGCGGUGAAAAAAGAGAUUAUAAGAGAGGCGGAAGUGGUUGUGACUACAUUGAAUGCGUGUGGAGGGGACGUGUUUACAGCAUGUUGGGAGGGGGCAGGGGAGAAGGGUGGGAGAGGGGGAGGUGGCGCGGAUGGGAUUGGUGGUGGUGCUGGCGGUGGGAGGUUUGGGGGGAGUGGGGGGAUGGGAGGGGGGGUUCUUGGAGCGAGGGGGAGGGGAUGGGGAGGAGGUAUGGGGGGAGGAGUGAGAGGAGGAGCUUCAGGUGGUUUUUCAGGUGGAGGGUCAGGUGGGUUGCUGCCGUCGUGGAUGGAGGGGUUGUUUGAUGCGGUGGUGAUCGAUGAGGCUGCUCAGGCCUUGGAGCCCGCCACACUCAUUCCCCUCCAGCUGCUCAGUCGAAUCAGCAGCCGAUGCAUCAUGGUGGGCGACCCCAAGCAGCUGCCAGCAACAGUCCUCUCUCGUACCGCAUCCAACCUUCGCUACGAGCGCUCGCUCUUCGAGCGCCUACAGACGUCUGGUUACCCUGUUACCAUGCUGUCCACACAGUACCGCAUGAACCCCCACAUCUCCCGCUUCCCCUCCUCCUUCUUCUACCAGUCCCUUCUCUCUGAUGCUCCCUGUGUCACCGCCCCCUCCUGGUCCUACCCCUUCCAAGCCUUAUCAUCCAAUUACCCCUCGCCUUCCUCGUUACAGUCUGAUUCGUUACAGGCUGAGCAGCAGCAGCACAGUGUGGGGUCAACAGCCCCGCUGCUUCCAUACUGUGUAUUUGAUGUGGAGGAUGGGGUGGAGAGGACGAGAGGGCCAGCAGGAGCCCCUUCUUUGUGCAACGAGGCUGAAGCAACGGCUGCUCUGGAGUUGUACCGGCUGCUGCAGCAACGAAGUGCACAGGCAGCAGCAGCACAGUGUGGGGAUGGGGUGGAGAGGACGAGAGGCCCGGCAGGAGCACCUUCUCUCUGCAUUGAGGCGGAAGCGACGGCUGCUCUGGAGCUGUACCGACUGCUGCAGCAACGGUAUGUGUGUGUCCAGGUUGCUGUUGUUGUCGCACUGCUCCCAUAUGCUGUAUUUGAUGUGGAGGAUGGGGUGGAGAGGACGAGGGGGCCGGCAGGUGCCCCUUCUCUCUGCAACGAGGCUGAAGCGACAGCAGCCCUUGCAGCCCUAUCGCCUGCUGCAGUAACGGAUGGGAUGAGGCAUGCUAGUGGAAGUGAACACAGUGGACGGCUUUCAGGGCGGGGAGGUGGAUACUCUCCUCUUCUCCACCGUCCGUGCCUCUCCUUCCCCCUUCACCUCUCCCCUUCCCUCCCUCCUUUCUCCCCUCCCCUUCCCUCCAUGUCGCCUUCCCUCCAUUCCAGGUUUCCAGAGGAGUGCGCACCAGGCAGGGUAGGUGUAAUCACCCCCUACAAGCAGCAGCUCUUCCUUCUAAGAGACACUUUUAGCCGAGCCCUGGGGCGCGGGGCUGCAGCAGACGUGGAAUUUAAUACAGUCGACGGGUUUCAGGGCAGGGAGGUUGAUAUCCUCCUCUUCUCCACCGUCCGUGCCUCUCCUUCUGCCCUUUCCGCCUCUUUCCAUUCCUCCUCUUUCCAUCCUCCCUUUUCCUCCCAUCCUUCCUCCUCCCACCGCUCCACCCACCAUGCAUCGUCCCACCAUUCCUCCACCCACCCGUCCUCUUCUCUGCUUGGAAAAGCGGCCGGCAAUGAUCGGCCGUCAAGGGAAGAGAGGAGGACCGUCGGAUUCGUGGCGGAUGAACGGCGGAUGAACGUGGCGUUGACUCGAGCGAGAAAAGCGCUGUGGAUUGUGGGAAAUGCGGCCACGUUGGCUCAGAGCAAGCCGUGGUGUGCUCUGCUCUGCGAUGCGAGGGACAGAGGGGUGGUUUUUGGGGUGAGAAGGCCUUAUAGGGAAGGGUUGGUGAGGGGAGAGAGGGCUGAUUUGAGGUUUCUGCCUGAGCGGGAGAGAGGUGGUGGAGAGGAGGGAGGGAGGGGACGUGGAGAGGAAGGGGAGAGGAGACAAGGAGGGGAGGGGAGAAGUGGGGGAGAUGAAAGGGAGGAGAGGAGUGGGAGAGGUGAAAGGGAGGAGAGAGUGAGGCUGGAGAGAGUUAGAGAGGAGAGAGUGAGGGGGGAGAAAGCAAGAGAGGAGAGAGUGAAGGAGGAUAAAGCAAGAGAAGAGAGAGUGAGGGAGGAGAAAGCAAGAGAGGAGAGAAGGAAGGAGGAGAGAGAGAGGGAGGAGAAAGUGAGGGAUGAAAGAGCAAGAGAGGAGAGGCCGAAGGAGGCAAGGGCACCAAUGCAAGCACCAGGGGAUGCAGCAGCAACAGGGGCAGAAGCAACAGAGGCGAAAGUAGCAGCAGAGGCGAAAGCAGCAGCAGAGGCGAAAGCAGCAGCAGAGGCGAAAGCAGUAGCAGAGGCGAAAGCAGCAGCCGAUGCGAAAGCAGUAGCACAGGCGAAAGCAGCAGCCGAUGCGAAAGCAGCAGCCGAUGCGAAAGCAGCAGCACAGGCGAAAGCAGCAGCAGAGGCGAAAGCUAGGGUAAAGGAACAAGCGAGUUUGCCAGUACAAGCAGCAGAAAAGGCACACAUGCAUGAGGCAGCAGGCUCGAAGCACAAGGAUGGAAGCCGAGAGGAGGUGGUGCUAGAGUCUCGUGAGAAGAAGGUGCCUGAAGCAGCAGCAGGACCAAGGGAGAGAGAGGAUGGAGCAGUGCUAAGGAAGGGAGAAGGAGAGAUGAGAGAGGCUGAGGGGAGGGAGCAUGGGACGAGACCGACUGAGGAGAUUCAGAAUGUGGAGGGAUUGGGGAAAAGGGAGAGGGAGAUAGGGGAUGGGGACGGGGCAGUACUAAGGGAAGCAGCGGGAGGUGGGGAAAGAAAUAGGAUGAGGGACAGGGAAAGAGAAUUAGACAAGGAGAGGGGAAGGAGUAUGGACAGAGGAAGGAGCCGGGACAGGGAGCAGGAAAGAGAGAAGGACAGAGACAGGGACAGGGGCAGGGAUAAGGACAGUGAUAGAGAUAGAGACAGGGAUAGAGGUAGAGAUAGUGAUAGGGACAGGGCAAGAGACAGGGAAAUGCAGAGGGAAAGGGACAGAGAAAGGGAAAGAGUUAAAGCUAGGGAAGGGAGCAGGGAGAGGGAGCCUGGCAGGGUACCAGAGCAAAGGGAGCAAAGAGUGAGACCAGUGUUUGACAUUCCAGAGGUGGUAAAGGAUCUGAGGACGAAUGUGUGGAUUCAGAACGGUGAGAAGGGGUUCUUUAUGUGGUGUGUGAAGAGGGAAGGGGAUAGGAGACACGGGUUGAGUGGGGUGAAGAGGGAGGCUGAGAGACGGAGGAGGGAGAUGAGGAUGAGAGAGGGGAGAGGAGGGGAGAGGGGGAGGGAAGGAGAUAGGGAGAGGACGAGAGAGAAAGACAGAGAAAGGGAGAGGGGACGGGAGAGAAUGCGGGAAAGAAGUAGGUCGGGAUCAAGAGAUAGGGAGAGGGAGAGUGCAAGGGAAGGAGAAAAAAACAGCUCUUGUGAUGUUCCUCUGAGACACACCUGCACACAGCAGCAGCGGAAUGUUUCUUCCUCUAACCAGCAGAAGCAGCAGCAGCACCAGCAGCAGUACCAGCAGCAGCAGCAGCAUCAUCAACAGCAGCACCAGCAAAAACAUCAAGGUUAUUCGCCCCGUGAUGCUCCUUCCAAGUGGGCUAAUCUGGUGCAGAAAAGCAAAGCGACUGUUGCUUCUGCUGGUGCGGCUGGUGCUGGUAUUGCUGCCGCACCAUCAGGCACACGAAUACCAGCACCAGCACCAGCACCAGCACCAGUGUCAACAGCUGAGAGUCGCAAGCGGCAGAGGGAAGCAGCAGCAGCGGAGAUGCCAGCUGGAGGCCUGCUACACCGGGCGCAGGUGAUUGGUCAGAGAAUCCCUGACAACGAUGAUGAUGCUGACCUGGCACGAGGAAUAUGA